AUGGCUAAACAAAAAGUGACCACCAAAACUACAAAGAGAUAUAGAUAUUCGUCUUUUAAGGCCAAAAUAGAUGAUCUUAAGAUUGAACCAGCAAGGAAUUUACAAAAGAGAGUGCAUGAUUAUGUAGAAUCUUCUCAUUUUUUGGCAUCCUUUGACCAUUGGAAAGAUAUUAAUUUAAGUGCAGGGUUCACUAACUUUGCGAGUGAAAUUGACUCGGUGGUUCAGACAUUACCUCAAAUCCUGUAUCAUGAAGAUAAAAUUUUUAAUGCGUUAGUGAGUUACAUUGACAAACAUGAUGAAUUUUCCUUACAGCCAUUGUUAGAUCUACUGGCCCAAUUUUGUCAUGACUUGGGUCCAGAUUUUUUGAAGUUUUAUGAAAAAGCACUUACUUCAUUAAUAACUUUAUUAGAUGCAGCCAUUGAAUUUGAAAAUUCAAAUGUAUUUGAGUGGGGGUUUAAUGCUCUGGCAUAUAUUUUCAAAUAUCUUUCUAGACUAUUGACUGAUGACCUAAUUCCAACAUUUAAUCUUCUAUUCCCCUUAUUGUCUCAUUCUAAGGAAUACUUGUCUAGAUUUUCUGCUGAAGCAUUGUCGUUCUUGAUUAGAAAAUCUAAUUCCAAGAACUUGAGAAAGUUCGUGUCUCAUGUUUUGGAGAAGAUGUCUGAAAACGAAGACGAAUCAAACGUUUAUGAAGGAUUUCUAACUUUAUUUACAGAAGCGCUUAUGACAACACAAGGUUCUUUACAUUCGAAGUCUAAAAUAAUGCUACAGACGCUAAUAGAAGAAUGUUUCACUAAAGAGAGACAAGAAAUAUGUUCAAAUCUGAUUUGUGACGUCUGGAUGAAUAUUUCAAAACAUACUGAUACAGAAAAUUUAUAUCCAAUCUAUGAGAGUGUUUUAGAACUUUUGAACUCUAAUCUAUCAACCUUUGAUAUAAAUAAAAUAGUGAAGCUAUUGGCAACUAUGGUGUUUUCUGAAAGUGGUAGAAAAGUACCCGAUUGGUCUACAAUAACGUCAUUGAUAGACAAUAUUAUGAAUACUGAACAAAAAUCAGCAAGGAGCCCCGAAUUAGUGGCAUUUCUCUUUUCAGUUUUAUUGCGUAAUUGUGAUGUUAAGAAUAUUACCGUCUACCACAAAAGGAUUUUCGAUUUUUAUUUAGAACAAUACCCAGAUCACUUCCUAGAAUUCUUUCGCUUUUCUGUCGAGUUAACUAGUGAAAGAAUCCUUUCAUUCAAUGGCGUCAAAUAUCUUCAAAAAUUUAUCAAUACGCAUUGGCAGACUCAAGGAAAAAAAAUCGGUUUAUUUUUAUUAGACAUUGAAGAAAGAUCAAUAUUGAAUUCAAAAAUCAAAUUAACUAUACCGGAUGAAUUUAGUGCAUCGAUUUUGACUUCAUUAAAAGGUUCAAAUGACGAGUCUUCUGAAGGGUUGUUCGAAAUUUAUUGGAAAUUAAUUAUUCUAAGAAAUACCAAAACCGAUACUUCUCAGGUGCUAUUACCAUUAGCUGUAAAGUUGUUCUCUUCUACCUCGAAUCUAAAUGACUUCACAAAAGAUAUUUUGGGUUCCUUACUUGAGACAAUCUCCGGUGGAGAAGAAGAUCAACUUGCAUCAUUGUUAGGCACCGUUUUCCAGACCUUUUCCAGUUAUAGAAAUAGCAUUUACUUCAUUAAGGGUCUAAAAACUUUGUUGACCAAAUACUUGAAAAACUAUAAACCUAAACAAGUGUGGGACCAUUAUGAUGAUGUAAUGAUGGGAUUGACAAGAAAUAUGAUACUCCCAGAUGGUAAGGUCCGUUAUGAAUCUUUGAAUUUACUUACAAUCAUGAUGAGGGUUCAAGGAAAAGAAUUUCCUCAAAUCUUAGAAGAAUUCAAAAGAAUUGAGGAAAUUCCACUGUCGCUAAAUAAUGCUCGUGAUUUAACUACAAGAAUAAGAAAUCUGGGACCUUCAUUUGCAAAAUUAGGUAAAGACAAGCUAAUCAGUACUACUUUUUUGAAUGCUAUAUUUGGUCUUCUGACAGUUAGAUUUUCUCCAUUAUGGGAAGGUGUUUAUGAAAUAUUGCCAUCCGUAUAUGGAAAAGAUCAAGACUUAGUGUGGGAGAAUAUGGAAUAUUUCUUGAGAGUACCAGAUGAAAAUUUUGUUUUAAAUUACUAUGAUGAGGAAAUGCAAGAUGAUUAUGUAUCCAUUGAGUGGGAUUCAAAGAUAUCAAGACUUGGUGAUACGAUUAGACAUUUUUCUAAUAACUGGUCAAAAUAUUUUUACCAAAAUGCCUCAAUAAUCAAUUUUACCAAGGAGAGAAGAGGUAAUUUGGAGUACCCAGCUCAAAUUAGAACUCAAACUUUGAAAGCAAUGACUAUCGUACCUCAAUUGGUCGAGCGUCAUUUUAAAGAUAUUCUACCAUAUAUAUUUAAUGAGGUAGAAUAUGCAGAGUUAUUCGAAGAAAAUACUGUGGGGGAUAAACACUCCUACUCUGCAGCUCAUUGGUUGGAAACUGAUAGAAAUACCUUACUAAAGAUAUUGAGCAAAUUCAAAAAUAUUAAAUCUGUCUAUAAAUCAGAGGAAGUACAUGAUAGAUUAAUGAUCUUACUUGGAAGUAAAUCAACAGAGGUUCAGAAACUUGCUAUGGAUGCUAUUUUCGCAUAUAAGGAUCCUACUGUCGUGAAGUAUAGAGAUAACCUAAAAAAUCUGUUAGAUGAUACCCUUUUUAGAGAUGAAAUCACAAAAUUCUUAGCAAAUAAUGAAAACCAAACUAUCGAAGCAGAUGACGAGGGUGCGUUGAUGCCAUAUAUACUAAGAAUUUUAUUUGGUCGUGCUCAAACUCCGGUAAGUAGCGGGAUUAAGAAGGGUAGGAAGUUUGCAGCCAUCUCUGUAUUGCCAAAUUUGAAGGAACAGUAUAUUCUGGAUUUCUUAGAACUAGGUUGUAAAAGAUUUAAUUACGAGUACUAUUUCGAAAAUGGCAAUGAAUUAGAUGAGAAUGAGGUAACCUUAGCAGGACUAAGAAGAAUGAAUGGGUUUACUACAAUAUUAAAUUCUGCACUAACCGUCCUAGGAUCUCAUUUUCCUUCCAUAAUAGACACCAUAUUAAAGCCACUUCUUUAUAUCAUUGCAGCAUCUUAUCAUAGGUUACAAUCGUCUUCGACGGAUAUUCACAUCACCAAAAUGGCAACAACUUUGAGACAGAGCUCUUUAAAAUGCUUAAAUGCUAUUUUCCAGUACUUAGGAGAUACUAUUGAUUGGACUAAUUACGUGAAGGUCAUAUAUGAUGUUGUUAUGAAACCUCGUCUUGAAAGUUUCUCUGAUGAGAAUUUACAACAGCCCUCAUCAAUUAUGAAAAUUAUUAUAUAUUGGGCUAACAAUAAAAAACUUUAUCCUUUCCUAUACCAUGAUAAUUUUGGAUGCACUAAGGCCCUCAUGAAAACACUUUCUCAUGAACAUGCUAAAGAGCCUGUGGUUAUGAUGAUUCUUGAGGCAUCCAAUAAUAUCAUUGAAGAACCUACAAACGAAAACGACUACGUCGAGCUUGUUUCACAUAUCGCUUCAACGUGUUUGCAAAUUUUGCCAUCCUUAUACAAGAGAUUUUCAAAGUCGGAAUCAGUAUCGAUUGCUACAGAGUUAUUGCUAAAUAUGACUCGAUCAGGGUUUGUCCAAGAUGAUCAAACUAGACAAUAUCUGGUCGAUUCAUUAGUCUUAAUCUUGGCAGAUACGAAGGGUAUUAAUGUAAAAGAACAUUCCAAGAUUUUGAAGGUCUUAACUGUUCUGAUUCAUGAUUACAAUUGUCCAUGGAAUAAUAUCGAACCUUUAUACAAGGUGAUCUCCAGUCUCUAUAACAAAUAUAGUGAGCGUGAGCUCAGAGAGGGUUUGAAUACUUUAUUCUUAACCAUUGGUAAUAGAUUUCCUGAAGUUGAAUCAGUUUCAAAAUUGGUUUCUGACUUAAACUCGUAUUCGUCUAAGCGUAUGCAAGAAUACGACUUCAAAAAAAGACUUCCAGCAUUCCAACAAUUUAGUGAACAUGAUUAUUUGACAUACACAGAAUUGGCCUGGUUACCUGUACUAUACACAUGUUUAUAUUCGAUCCAUGACACAGAAGAACUGGCUAUUAGAACCAAUGCUACACAUACUAUUAACAAGUUUAUCGACUAUAUCAACGAAAAACCAUCUCAAGUAGAAGCCGCUAAAGCUGUGUCUAUGUUGAAAGAGGUUGUCUUACCGGUUUUGAGAACAGGAUUGAGAAAGGCUGAUGAAGAAAUCCAAUCUGAAUAUAUUGCAGUUGUCGCGUAUAUUGUGACUAACUCUAAAUAUUAUACUGAUAUGAAUGAUAUGCAGGUUCUUCUCUUUGAUGGUGAUGAAGAAGCAAAUUUUUUUACGAAUAUCAACCACAUUCAACUACAUCGUCGUCAAAGAGCAAUUAAGAGAUUAAGAGAUCAUGCCAGUGAACUUUCAGACGGUAGUAUCUCGCAUUAUUUGGUCCCAAUAAUUGAGCAUUAUGUUUAUUCUCCUGAAGAAAAAUAUAGAAAUCUAGGUAAUGAGUCACUGCUGACCAUUGGUACGCUUUCUAAUUUCAUGAGUUGGAAUCAGUAUAAGGCUUUAAUGAGAAGAUAUAUCUCCAUUUUGAAAUCAAAGCCAGAAGACAUUAAAAUGACAGUUUUAUUGAUUAAUCAAAUUUCCAUAUCUUUGAAAAAUACCUUAUGUCAACUUAGAGGCACCAUUGAAAGUGAGAUGCUCUUGAGAAAAUUUCCAAACAAAUUUGAUGAGCCAGAGAGGUUUAUUACUGCGGAGGUGUAUCCAACAUUGUCAAAAAUUUUGGGCACAAGAGAUGAUGAGACAAUAGUUGCAAGGAUUCCUUUAGCAGAAGCACUGGUGAAUCUUGUCCUAGGUCUUUCUCAUGAUGAAACUGUUAGCUCUCUGCCUGGUAUAUUAACUAAGAUUUGUCAAGUUCUAAGAAGUAAAUCUGAAGAUCUACGUGAGGCCGUCAGACAUACCUUAGCUAAAAUAACAACCAAUCUUGGGCCUUCUUACUUGACUUUCAUUAUUAAAGAGCUUAUAUCUGCCCUUCAGCGUGGGUCACAGGUACAUGUUUUAAGUUUUACCAUUCAUCACGUGUUGAAAUCAUUAGAAACCGUUCUCAAGCAUGGAGAUCUUGAUAACUCAGUCGGUAUGUUAGUCAGAGUCAUUAUGGAAGAUAUUUUUGGUACAGCUGGUCAAGAAAAAGAUUCAGAUAACUACAAUUCCAAAAUGAAGGAGGUUAAAAUUAACCGUAGUUAUGAUACAGCAGAGAUGGUAUCUGCCAAUAUCUCUCUAGCAUCUUUCGAUGUCUUACUACGUCCUAUUAAGGCAUUGUUACUGGAAAGAAUUAACAUGAGAAAUCAGAACAAGUUAGAUGAAUUGUUGAGGAGAUAUACAUUGGGUUUAAAUCAUAAUGAAAAGGCAUCUUCUAGUGAAGUAUUAUCGCUUUGUCAUGAAAUAUUCACUGAGCUUGAGCUCAAGAAUGAUCGUAAGAAGAUUCCUAGAGAGAUUGAUGAAAAAGAGGAAUUUUUCUUGGUGAAUUUGAACGCAAAAACUGCUAAAGUUCAGACAGAGACAUCACUAUAUCAUAAUAUCUUACAAAAAUUUGCAUUGGAUUUACUGCGUACAGUUAUUUCAAGGAAUCGUAACCUUUUGAAUGCAGCAUACCUCGAUGGCUUCAUCCCACUGUUGAGGGAUUCAUUAAUGUCAGAUAACGAGGCUCUGCUAACAAGUGCUUUGCGAGUUUUGGUUAUACUGGUAAAGAUUGAGUUCCCACCAGAAUCUGAACCAAUUUUCAAAAAUUGUGCCAGGAAGGUUCUGAACUUGAUAAAAGAUUCUCCUUCGACAUCAACGGAUCUGUGUCAAAUGGGGUUGAAAUUUCUUUCUUCAUUCAUUCGUCAUAAAGAUAUUAAACUAAAGGAUACCGCCUUGAGUUACGUUUUGGGCAGAAUUUUACCUGAUUUAAAUGAGCCAAAUAAGCAAGGCCUAGCUUUUAAUUUCUUGAAGGCACUUGUUUCCAAACAUAUUAUGUUACCUGAACUAUAUGAUGUUCUCGACACAGUUAGAGAAGUCAUGGUAACCAACCAUUCGAAAGAAAUUAGAGAUGUUUCAAGAAGUGUGUACUACCAAUUUUUAAUGGAAUAUGAUCAAAGUAAGGGCCGUUUAGAGAAACAAUUUAAAUUUAUGGUGGACAAUCUACAGUAUCCAUCGCAAGAUGGUAGACAGUCCAUAAUGGAGCUAGUUAAUUUGAUCAUUAAUAAAGCUACCCCUGAGUUACUUUCCAAGUUAUCAUCCUCAUUCUUCAUUUCUUUGGCUAAUGUUUCCUUUAAUGAUGAUGCCCCAAGAUGUAGAGAAAUGGCAUCGGUAUUGUUAACAAACAUGUUUAAGGUAGUUCAACCUUCCUCUUUGGCUACCAUGGAGAAAUACAUUAUUGCCUGGCUAAAACAGUCUGAUCAACCUACUUUCUUAAAUCUUGGUCUCAGAAUAUACAAACUCUACCUUACAAGUAUGGGCUUCGGUACUAAUGAGACUUUAGAUGAUUUAGCGAUCAGUCGAAUCUCAUCAGUCCUAUCAGACACCGCUGUAGGAUCUGAAAUAUCGUGGGAUUUAAUUUAUACGGCAUUGAAUGAUUUCUCUACGAUCUCUGAAAAAUCAGAUAUAGUAUAUUCCACUACUUUCAAACCAACUUGGGAUAAAGUAAUUGGAUGUCUAUUAUAUCCACAUAUGUGGGUCCGUCAAUCGUCUUCUCGUUUAGUUAAUGAACUAGUCAACAAUUUGGAUAAAUUUGAAACUGCAUUUACACCGUUGGAGAUUCAGACAAUAUGUUCAAGAGUAUUACAUCAAUUAAGUGCACCAUCCAUUCCAGAAGGUUUAGCCACACAAUCCAUUAAGAUUUUAGUGAAGAUUGCCACCAUUUGGAAAGAACAGAAUAGAAACUUUAUCUCCAAAGAUGACAAAAAGGAUUCUGAAGUUUCUUACGAGAAUGCCAUUGAUUAUAUGAUCAUUAGAAUUAGCUCUAUUAUCAGAAGUGAGGAGAAUCCCGUAGAUUCAUUCAUGUCGAAAAAAUCAUGUAUGCAAUUACUCGCAUUAUUAGUCCAGAUAUUAGAUGUCGAUCAAGCCAGUGAAGAAUCCGAGAAGAUUAUCAUGCCGUUAUUCAUAUAUGUGGAAAAUACUUAUUACGCAACUGCUGAACAGGAAGAAUUAAGUACGUUUGCUCAUGAAUGUAUGCAACUGUUAGAGGGUAAAAUACCGGUUUCUACUUUUACAAGGGCUUACGCCAAUGUGAAACACAAUGUUAUUAGAAGAAGACAAGAAAGAAAGGCCAAGAAAGCAGUUUUGGCUAUCAAUGCUCCUGAACUUGCUGCCCAAAAGAAGAUAAGAAAACAUGAAAGAUCAAGAGAAAAGAGAAAGCAUGAAAAGGACGAAAACGGUUACUAUCAAAGAAAAAAUAAGAAAAGGAGAUCUUAG